AUGGUAUACGUAAAUCCUAGCAAUAAUGCAUCACAGAAGCUUUUCCAGCCGAUUGCGUCCACCGACCAAGAGCUAACUCAGCAGCUCGAGAUGAUCGGGAGACGCGCACAACUUCGUAAAAGGGGUCGGUCUGAAUUCGAGAUAGAAUUAUUCGUCUACAUGCGCAAAAGCCCUCCUCCUUCGACAAUAAUACGUGCAACGCAGUCUAGAAUCCAGGAGCAACUUCCUCUGGUAGCUGAUUUUUUACGCAGCAGAGAAGUAUCCGCUAGGCUAGCGACGACGCUGUACAUGGCUACAACUCAAGGAAGACUCCCCUCUGAUGCGCCCCUGGGAGUGCCGACAAGUUCGACGUUCCAACAACUUCAGUACGUUGAUGAACAACAAAGGAUUAUUGAUGAGAACGCAGCGGCCGCUGUAGAAAUGCAGAGCGAGGCAUAUCCGAUAAUUCGGAUCAUGUUACACAACGUUGAAGUUCCUGUUCGCGUCAAUAUUCGUGACCUACGUCGAGUUUUAGGACUUCCAGACUGGAAUCUAUGCCCGCCAUUUCGACAACCCAACCGCGAGCCUGUCAGAUCCCCUCUGUCCGAAAGUGCGGAUAUCGAGGAUGAAGAACAUAAGAACGAGGAGAACCUUCUUUUUGAAAGUUAA